AGGGGGUUCUUCAUUAGUCCUAGGAGACAUUGCUGACUUUCGGCGGCCAAUAAAAUAAUUCAGCACAACUGCGUGACAUAGAGGGGCGAAUGGCGGGCAGAGGUUCUAAUCAAAUGUGCUCAGUCCUUGCUGAGCUCAAAUCAAAACAUUUCAGAACCUCAGGAGCAGAAAGGCCGGGAAACAAUUCAAAAUUUCAUUGUCCAACCCCGCUAAUAAUAAUAAUAAUAAUAAUAAUAAAUUACAGGACCAUUGAUGGUUGACCAUCGAAAUCGGCAAAGCUUCAUCCAGUUCCCAAAACGGUGUCGCAGAAGAACAUGCGCGUGGGCAUGGUUGCAGAUGACGAAGCUGAUCAUGGCAAUGGUUGCUUCGAUGAGGAAUGGCCGACGGAGUUAGACGAUGAGCUUAUAGACGAGAAGGAAAGUUACGAGAUUGAGGAGGAAGACGAAGAUGGGGAAGCAGAAGAAGCAGACAGUUUCUCCGCCGAUUUCUAUCGCUGUGGAACCGAUUGGUCCUGCUUGUUGCCGGGUCAUGGAGAUGCUAAGAGGAAGCUCAAACAAGCCAAUCUGUUGGAAAUGUGGGGAUUGAAUGAGCCCAAGCCCCAACUUUUAUCUCCGCCUCCACCCAAGAGAUUGAAGACUGUGUCUGCAAUGAACCCUAGAGAAUCAAUUUCCCCAAAUUUUGGCAAAUCAAACUCCAACUCCACAAUAACACCUUCUAACAGGAAUCGGCCUCGUCUUUGCCCCUUCUAUAAACGAAUUCCUGGAACACCCUUCGCUGUGGAUGCUUUUCGUUAUGGUUCGAUUCCUGGAUGCUCUGCCUAUUUCCUUACCCAUUUCCAUUUUGAUCACUAUGGUGGCCUUACCAAGGGAUGGUCUCACGGUCCUAUCUACUGCACCCGUCUCACUGCUCGCCUCCUCACGCUCUGCCUCUCUGUUAAUUCAUCAUAUAUUCACCCUUUGGACCUCAAUACUGAGUAUAUUAUUGAAGGAGUUAAAGUAACGUUAUUAGAAGCUCUUCACUGCCCAGGGGCAGCUUUGAUUCACUUUAUUCUCCCAACUGGACUUUGCUACUUGCACACUGGAGAUUUCAGGGCUUCUAAGUGUAUGCAGUCUUAUUACCUUCUUUUAAACCACAAAGUCAAUGUACUUUACCUGGAUACAACUUAUUGCAACCCAAAGUACAAGUUCCCUUCCAAGGAAGAUGUGUUAAAUUAUGUUGUUAGAGUUACAAAGGGCUUCCUCAAAAGGCAACCCAAAACCCUUGUUGUUGUUGGGACAUACAGCAUUGGAAAAGAAUGUGUUUAUCUUGCCAUUUCGAAGGCACUGGGGGUUAAAAUUUAUGCUAGUGCUUCAAGGAGGCGGGUUCUGCAUUCUUUUUGUUGGUCUGACCUUUCAAGUAGUCUCUGUACACAAGCGAAGGACACGCUGCUCCAUGUGCUUCCCAUAUCUUCCCUACGAUUUGAGACCUUAAAAGAUUAUUUGAACAACUUCAGAAAUCAGUAUGCAGCAGUUUUGGCAUUUCGCCCAACAGGCUGGACUUACUCUGAGAGUGUAGGCAAACAGCUUGAUCAAAUUAGACCUAUUUCUAAAGGCAAUGUCACAAUUUAUGGGGUUCCAUAUAGUGAGCACUCCAGCUUCACAGAACUGAAGGAGUUUGUUAAGUUCUUGAAACCAGAUAAGAUAAUUCCUACUGUCAAUGUUGGGAAUCCUGCAACUCGAGACAAGAUGCAAUCUUAUUUCCAGGAAUGGCUAAAAGGCUGAUAUCCUUGCACUAAUGAAAUAAUUCAAAUAUGUGCCUGUGGAGCUCCCUCUCAGAUCAGGUCAUAAUAGUUGACCAAUUAUUUUAUAUGAAGCCUCAUUCGAAGGGAAUAUGUUUGUCAAGACAACUGACUCUAUAAUCUUUUUUUUUUACUACAAUUGGGAGUGUUGUUAGGCAGAGAAUCAUUGGAUUAUCAAAAUCAUCGAAUUAUGUAUGGUGAGGUUAUCACCAAGCUUCAUAACGUUUCUCUAGCAUGGUCACUGCAGGAUGGAGUUCAGAGUAAUCUCUCAUGAAUGUAUGUAUUUUUCAUUUAACCCUCAACCCAACUUCUAGUUAUCUACUGAAGAACAAAGGCGAAGCAUUCAGGCAAUUGCUUUAUUUCCUGGUAGAAUUGUUGUAAUAAUUCAUAAUCUUCAUUUGUCUAAAUAUUUAAUGCAUUACAGAACAGAUAUAGAAGGAAAUCAAAUCUAUUAUUUCUGAGUUUA